AUGGCAGCCAGAUCUUUAGUUCUGGAAGACGAACUCUCCUGUCCAGUGUGCUAUGAAAUCUUCAGGGAUCCUGUUGUACUUUCUUGCAGCCACAGCUUCUGUAAAGUCUGUCUGGAGCAACAAUGGGAACAAAACAGCUCUUGGGAAUGUCCAUAUUGCAGAACAAUUUCUAAAGACAAACCACCUGUGAGCCUGUCUCUCAAGAAACUGUGUGAAGCCUUCUUGCAGGAGAGAAGUCAGAAAUCUCCAGGAGAAUCUGAAAUGCUCUGCAGUCUGCAUAAUGAAAAACUCAAACUCUUCUGUUUAGAUGAUAAAGAUCCUGUCUGCUUCAUCUGCCACACUUCAAGAAAACAUAGAAACCAUGAGUUCUGUCCUUUGGAGGAGGCUGUUGUGGAUUGUCGGGAAAACCUCAGUGUUGAACUGAAGACCCUGCAGAAGAAGCUGAAAACUUUCAAUAAAGUUAAACAGACAUUUGAUCAAACAACAGAGCACAUUAAGUCGCAGACUCAGCUAACAAAGACACUCAUAACUGAGGAGUUUGAUAAACUUCACCAGUUUCUGCGAGAUGAAGAGGCAGCCAGAAUAGCUGCACUGAAGGAGGAAGAGGAACAGAAGAGUCAAAUGAUGAAGAAGAAGACUGACAGUCUUACAAGAGAGAUCUCAUCCCUUUCAGACACAAUCAGAGCCAUAGAAAAAGAGAUGGGAGCUGAAGACAUUUCAUUCCUACAGAACUACAAGCACACAAGGCACAGAGCCCAACACACACUGCAGGAUCCAGAGGGGGUUUCAGGAGCACUGAUAGAUGUUGCCAAGCACCUGGGCUCUCUGAAGUACAGAGUCUGGGAGAAGAUGCUGGGAAUUGUUCAGUACACUACAGUGACACUGGAUCCAAACACUGGACACCCCCUCCUCUUACUGUCUAAGGAUCUAACCACUUUGAGAGUGUGUACUGUGAGAUGGCAGCUUCCUGACAACCCAGAGAGAUUUGAUUACUCUACUUGUGUGCUGGGCUCUGAGGGAUUCACCUCAGGUAGACACUGCUGGGAUAUUGAGGUGGGGCAGAACACUCACUGGGCUUUGGGUGUGGCCAAAAAAUCCCUUAACAGAAAAGGUUCAAUCACUUUGAGCCCUGAAAGAGGAAUCUGGGCUAUAGGUCUGUGGGAUGGGGUUUAUAGAGCAUUGACCUCACCAUGGGCACAACUCAAUCUGAAGAGGAAACCCCAGAAAAUCAGAGUGCAUCUGGACUAUGACAGGGGGAAGGUCUCAUUCUUUGACUCCAAGUACAUGACAGCUAUCUGCACUAUUAAACAUACCUACACAGAGAAAGUGUUUCCAUUUUUCUGGUCUCUUGAUGCUAUUUCUUUGCGAAUCUGCCCAGUGAAGGUGUCUAUAACAGUGGAUAAUAAUAAAGUGUGAUAAGGGUGAAGAUCAGGGCAGAGCUAUUGUGAGAAACCCAUCCAGAUUAGGGUUUAGUGAGGUUUGCUGUUUGAAUAAAGGUGCUCAAUUUCUGGAUGUUGUUUAUGCACAUUACAGUAAGAAUACACAUAAAAAAUGAACCCUUGAACCCAGUACUGUAUA